AUGGAAUGGAGUCGAGUGACUGAGAUGGAGGAAGCUGUAGUUGCUGAUGAAACGAUGGAUAGUGCUGCAACUCGAGAAGAUAAGGAAAAUGCAUGGGUUGGAAAUGAGCAUGGAGUUGUUGUGGGUGGUUCUUUCCGUCCUGAUAUGGACACUCACUUGAAACAUUCAGAAAUCACUCUCAGCACCUUAAAGAAACAUACAUUGUUUGCCAAGAUCAACAAGUGGUCUUUUGGUCAGGAUAAGGUUGAAUAUCUGGGUCACAUCAUAUUUAAGGAGGGAGUAGCAACAGACCCUGUAAAGAUUGACUGCAUGUUAAAGUGGCCUACUCCUGUUACUUUGAAAGAGCUCUGGGGAUUCGUAGGGUUGACUGGGUAUUACAAAAAGUUUAUGAAGAACUAUGAGGUCAUUUGCAAGCCAUUGACAGAUUUACUGAAAAAGGAUAACUUCCAUUGGAACACUAAUGCCCAAGUAUCUUUAGAUACUCUCAAGAAAGCUGUAACUUCCACCCCAGUGCUGGUCUUACCUGAUUUUUCAACAUACCCCUUGAGGUUGAGACUGAUGCAUGUGACACAGGGAUAG